GAUCACACCCACACAGGGAUGCCUCAGUACCGCCAGGACCAUCCUUUGAUCAUGAGAUCCAUUAUCCACAUGACGGAAGCUACUCGUUCAGGAAUUAUGACUCCUAACCAGCUUACUACCAUUAACCAGUCCCAGCUAAGUGCUCAACUGGGAUUAAAUCUAGGGAGCACCAACUUACCACACGCAUCUCCUUCCCCUCCUGCGAGCAAAUCAGCAACCCCUUCUCCGUCCAGUUCUAUCAAUGAGGAAGAUGCGGAUGAUCCCAAUAGAGUUGCCGGAGAAAAGCGAGCCGCCCCAGAUCCUGGCAAGAAGCCCAAAACGCCGAAGAAAAAGAAAAAGAAAGAUCCUAACGAGCCGCAGAAGCCGGUGUCCGCAUAUGCCCUGUUCUUCAGGGACACCCAAGCCGCAAUUAAGGGGCAGAACCCCAACGCUACCUUUGGCGAGGUUUCAAAGAUCGUGGCCUCGAUGUGGGACAGCCUAGGAGAGGAGCAGAAGCAGCCCUUGCAGCCUACAGAGCUAGUUUGGUGUCAAAGGCUGCUGCCGAGUCAGCGGAGGCGCAGACGAUCCGGUCCGUCCAGCAGACUCUGGCUUCCACGAAUUUGUCUUCUUCCUUGCUUCUGAACAGCCCUCUUUCGCAACACGCUACCGUCGUCACCUCCCCACAGACUCUCCAGCAGCCCCUCCCUAGGGCCAUUGCCCCUAAGCCUUUAACCAUGCGGCUGCCCGGGAACCCCACCGUCUCCUCCGGCGGCCCCACAAACAUUUCCCCCUCGCUGAUCAGCUCCAUGACGACCAGCAUGGCCCCCACGCCGUCCUCGGCUCCCUCUCAAGUCAGCCCUUCCUUGCAGAGCCAGCAGCAGCACCAGCACCAGCUGCAGCAUCUCCAGCAGCUGCAGCUGCAGCAGCAGCAAAUGCAGCAGCAGCAGCUGCACCAGCAGCAGCUGCACCAGCAGAUCCAGCAGCAGAUGCAGCAGCAGCAUUUCCAGCACCACAUGCAGCAGCAGCUACAGCACCUCCAGCUCCAGCAGUUUCAACAGAUGCAGAUGCAACAGAUGCAGCAGCAGCAGCAGCAGCACCCGCCGCAGCCCUCCCCCCAGCAACUUUCCCCGGCUUCCUCGCAGAUGACCUCGCCGAUAGCGGCCAUCGGCAGCCCGCCCCCCGCCAGCCAGCCGCACCCGUCCCAAAUACAAGGCCAGACGCAGACUCAGCUCUUAUCGCAGGCGGGUAUUUUCUGAAGAGCCGCCAAGUCGGCCUGGGCUUUGCAUCCUGGCGGGAGCAGCGCUGCGGAUCGGGCAGAAACGGCGCAGGGCUGGGGAAGAGUUUAUGCAGGAAUGCAUAACGCAUAAAAGAGACUUUAAGCUGUCUAUUAGAUAGGCAAUAAAAGAACUACAGUGUAGCUGGGUAUAAUCCUUUAGCUGAAUUAUAAAUAUUUGUUUUCCAGGGUUCCCGUCCCUUUUCCCUUCCUCCUCCUCCCUUCUUCCCC